AUGGCCUCCCUCACGUCCUCCCUCGCCGGCCAGGGCUCCCAUUUCACGCUCUCCACCACUGUCUCCAUCCCGGACUCGGCUUAUCUUGCGGGCCGCACGCUGCACGUAGUGUACGUCCUCGACCCACACGUGUAUGCAGACCAAUACGAGCUCGCACAGCGCCCUGGCUACUCUUCCGUGCUCUGGGGCACGACCGACCUCGAGAAACCCGUGUCUGCCGUAGAUGCUGACGGCUCUGUGCUCCUCUUGACCGCCAACGCGUCCCAGCUUAGUCUAGGUCAAGCAGCAAACAUCACGCUCGAAGUGCCCUUGCAUGCCCGUUAUGGCCGCCCCAUGGCCGGGGCAACUGCGCAUAACGCGUCCUAUAGCGUCUCUCUGAAGCGACCUGUAGGCUUCUUCGCUCUGGACGUGAACAGUGCGGCCGAUAUUCCAUUAACCCUGCGGCCUUACGCCUCCUUAACUGGAUGGCCGACCUCACCAUUAUCACUCGUACCUGACAUCGCCGCUAAUGAGCCCCUCGACAUUGUAAUCCCAGUGGGCGCGCUAGACGACCUUGCCUGGGUCGACGUCGGCACCGCAGCGGUCAUGCUCGCCAUGUUCUUCUACCUAUUCCACGCGUCCGUGAGGACCGCCCGGCGGCUGUCCAGCAGAGCGUCCACGAAAACGGAUUGA